AAUUUUCCAGUUAUCUUCUGCUGAUUCUCUUAAGCUCUAUAGUUUAUUCACCAAAAAUGCUUCUAUAAUUAUGUAAGUUUCUUGGUUGUUUCCCCUCAGCCCAAAAACCAUUCCUAAUAGGAGAAGCUAAUGGAUAGUCAAUUAGCAGAAAAUAAGGUAUAUGUUGCUCUUGGAAAUGAUCUACAAGAUGGAUUGAAGACCUUGGAUUGGACACUAAAGAAGUGGAACUCUCAGCCAAUCUCCAUCAUCAUUCUCCAUGCUACUCACAACAUUUCCAAGGAUUUUGUUUACACCCCAUUUGGGAAGCUUCCUGCAAGUGCUGUUAGUGAUGAGAAAUUGGACGUUCUUAAGAGAUAUGAGAAAGAAAGGAUUGACAAGUUGCUCUCCAAAUAUAUAUCUUUUUGUGGAGAGGUGAAGGCUGAAUUACUGAAAGUGGAGAAAUGUGAUGAUCCAAUUCAUAAGGUCAUCAUAGAUUUGAUUUGUGGACACAGAGUCACCAAAUUGGUUAUGGGCUUUUCAUUCUUGAAGUCCUCAUCUUGGAAAAUCAAGACUGCAAUUAGUGGAUCAUUUUAUGUCCACAAGAACAAGCCUGACUUCUGUGCGCUAUUUAUAAUAUGUGGAGGAAAACAGCUCUCCAUCAGAGGAGAAAACAACAAAGGAAUCAUGGAAGAUGAUCAAGGAGUCACGGUUGCAAAGCUCAGAGAAAAGGGUAGUUUUAAGGAUUGGCUAGGAAAAAUCUUCAUUCCAAAUCCACCACAAAACUCGCUAGAAAGAAAUCCGCGCCGAGUUCUCUCCUCUUCGUCGAUUAACCUAGAUUCGCCGAGCACGCAGAGCCAGUGGGAAAGUUAUGCACAAGAGAUUGAAGACUAUUUCCAGCACUUGUUGUCCCUGAAUUUGGAUGAGGAAGCUUGUGAUAAAGAAGAUGAAAGUUUUCAACAAAUUAGUCCUAGAGUGGAGUCGGGUACGCCGGAACAUGCGGAUUGUGAUUUGACUGCUGCAGAAAAAAUUGAUUCCCUGAAAAGAAAACUGAAAGAAGCUCAAAAGACCAUCCAAUCCAAAAGGAUAGAAGCUAAGGCCAACGCGGAAAGGCAGGCAAAAGCAGAAAGGGCAAUUCUUUUAUGCAAUCACCGGGCUGAGGAACUCCAGGCAAGGAUCAAAGAAGAGGUCAGCACUAGAACAGAGGUAAACGAAGACUUGGACACUGAAAAGGAACACCUGAACGAAAUCCUUGCGGAGAUUGAAGAAAGCAAGAGCAGGCUAAACUCACUAACCGAGCUGAAGAAUGAGCUCUCAAACAAGCUUCAGAUUUCCACAUUGGCAAAGUCACACGCGGAGGCCCAGCUAGAGAAGUCAGUGAGCAUGAGAUCAGAGAUGGUUAGGGAGAUUGAGGAGCUGAGGCAGCAGAGAGAUGUUCUUCAGCGACGAAUCGAGUUUUGUCGAGAAAAGGACGCCAUUGGAAUGGUUGCUAAGUUCACUGAGACGAGCUGUGGUUUUAAGGAGUACACGGCAGAGCAGAUUAGAUUGGCAACAAAUGGGUUUUCGGAGAGGUUGAGGUUGAAGCCUGGAGGUGAUUGGACCACUGUGUACAGAGGGCGUAUCAACCAUUCCACAGUUGCAAUCAAAAUACUUGACUCCGUGAAUGGAAUGUCCCCGGAGGAUUUCCAAGCUAAGGUGCUGCUCUUGAGCCAAAUCAGGCACCCACAUUUGGUGUCCAUGGUGGGAUUUUGCACUGACCUAAAGUGCAUUGUGUUUGAAUACAUGCACAAUGGUAGCCUAAGGGACAUAUUCUUGAGGGACAUUUUGUACUCCUCCCGGAGAACCUCCAGCAAAAGAAUCCGGACCCUCCGGUGGCACGACCGCAUCCAAAUUGCCGCCGAGGUUUGUUCGGGCCUGGGCUUCCUCCACAUGGCUAAGCCCAAGCCCAUUGUUCACGGACAUCUCAGGUUGUCCAACAUCCUUUUGGACCGCAAUCUCGUUGCAAAGAUAAGUGGGUUUGGGCUCUCACGGAGUGGUGAUGAACAUAGUAUUAGAUCAGAUAUUCGGGCCAUUGGGGUUCUGUUGAUGCAUCUACUAACAGGGAGAAAUUGGGCUGGGCUUGUUGAGGCCAUGACUAUGGACAGGCCAGCUUUGGUUCGAGACUUGGAUGAAAUGGCCGGAAAGUGGCCGUUGGAUCUAGCUGAGAGACUUGCGGAUCUUGCUUUGAGCUGUUUGUCUAGCAACCGUGGGCCCGAUACAGAUUUGAGAUUGGCUACUGUAAUGGAAGAGCUUACUGAUUUGAGAGAAAAAGCUGCAGAUCUAGUGGCAAAGGGAGAAUGUGAUGUGGCGAUUGAUAAAGGAUCUAACGUGGCAACUGAUAAAGCCGUAGAUGGAGAGGACCCCACAGAUGUACCAAGUUUUUUCCUCUGCCCCAUAUUUCAGGAAGUAAUGAAGAAUCCACAUGUGGCAGCUGAUGGGUUUUCGUACGAGCUAGAAGCCAUAGAGGAAUGGCUAAGAAUGGGGAAUGAUACAUCUCCCAUGACAAACUUAAAGCUCAAGCACACAUUCCUUACCUCCAAUCACACUCUCCGUACACUCAUUCAAGAUUGGCAUAAUAAGAGAUCUCUUCCUCUGCCGUAACAUUGUAUAGUGUUGCAAAUUUCUUUGUUGUCUUUUACAUGCGAGAGAGAGAGAGAGAGAGAGAGAGAUAAGCUUUGUGCUAUGGACGGUUGGAACUUGGAAGACCAGAGGCUGCAAGCAACAAAGGUUCAGAACGGUUUUGGGGGCAAAAACAUAUACCACUUUGGUGUGGUUACGUCUUUCUACUUUGACAAGAAGAUGAGAAAUGGGAAGUUCAACAUAGUUGCCGUUGGUAUUGUAGGAGUCCAUCUUUUGAAAAUGAUAAUUUUAUAGCUUACCUAAUCUUAGUUGGCUUUUUUAGACAUUGUCUAGAAGAUGAGCUGCCCCAAAA